AUGCAACAGACAGCAAACGGAUCACAGAAAUUAGAGAGGGUCGAUUGGAUGUACUCAGGACCAACCACUGGACAAUCCGGUACAACAGAAGAAAUGGAAGGUUAUCUACUGGGUAAGAGGAGGAUUGAUUCGCUUGUUAAAAGAAAUGACGAGAAUUUAGAGGAAGGGGCCUAUAAGAAUGGGUUUACAGCUCCAGGGAAUAUGAAUUCGGUCCGUGAUACGGCUCGCAAAAUCCAAGAAGAUCCAAUGUUAGCGAUCAAAAAACAAGAACAAGCUGCUUAUGAGGCUUUGACAAACGAUCCUGUGCAAAGACGUCUGCUAUUGAAAGCUGCGGAUCGGGACGUUGACCUUCAACGAAAAGAGGACCGGCACCGGCACCGGCACCGGCAUCAUCACUCUGGUCACAGAAAACGCGACAGAAGUAGAGGACGAGCCGACAGAGAAGAGAGGCACAGCGCCGAGAAUGAAUAUCGCCGCAGAACUUAUCAUGAAAACUCUCGGCGCCGCUCUGCUAACUCACCAACAUACGACAGCCGGCGGCGAUCCUCUCCUACUAAUCAUAAUCGCCGGCACCAACGCUCCUCCCCCCAUUCCGUUCUCGUUCUCCAAUUCGUUACGACGGUCAUCACACUAACAAGGAUACCGCUUCUAAAUCCGCAGAAGAGAGAGCCGCCAACCUCGCAAGCAUGCAAUCCACAGCCUCAGAGCUAG